AUGCUUCUAUUGUUUUUAUAUCUAUCUAUCUAUCUAUCUAUCUAUCUAUCUAUCUAUCUAUCUAUCUAUCUAUCCUUGACAAAGUCGACAUUCUAUCUAUCUAUCUAUCUAUCUAUCUAUCUAUCUAUCUAUCUAUCUAUUUAUCUCAUUCUGUUUCUAUCUAUCUAUCUAUCUAUCUAUCUAUCUAUCUAUCUAUCUAUCACAGUUUGUUUCUUUCUUUCUAUCAAUCUAUCUAUCCCAUUCUGUUUCUAUCUAUCUAUCUAUCUAUCUAUCUAUCUAUCUAUCACAUUCUUCGACAAUCUAUCUAUCUAUCUAUCUAUCUAUCUAUCUAUUUAUCUCAUUCUAUUUGCAUCUAUCUAUCUAUCUAUCUAUCUAUCUCUCUAUCUAUCUAUCUCAUUCUAUUUGUAUCUAUCUAUCUAUCUAUCUAUCUAUCUAUCUAUCUAUCUAUCUAUCUAUCUCAUUCUAUUUACAUCUAUCUAUCUAUCUAUCUAUCUAUCUAUCUAUCACAGUUUGUUUCUUUCUUUCUAUCAAUCUAUCUAUCCCAUUCUGUUUCUAUCUAUCUAUCUAUCUAUCUAUCUAUCUAUCUAUCUAUCUAUCUAUCACAUUCUAGAGGUUGAUAUGUCGCGAAACAAAGUCGACAAUCUAUCUAUCUAUCUAUCUAUUUAUCUCAUUCUAUUUGCAUCUAUCUAUCUAUCUAUCUAUCUCUCUAUCUAUCUAUCUCAUUCUAUUUGUAUCUAUCUAUCUAUCUAUCUAUCUAUCUCAUUCUAUUUACAUCUAUCUAUCUAUCUAUCUAUCUAUCUAUCUAUCUAUCUAUCUAUGAGACAGGAAUCUUGUCCUUCCAUUUCUUUUUGUUUGACGCUCUCUCUGUCUGUGCAAACAACACUCACUUUCCUUUCUUGUAAUCCUUCUCAACACUUUUGCUGUCAUUUUUCUCGAUUUUUUUCUUCUUGUGAAUUAAAAAAGAACGUUAUUUUUUCUUUAUCCACUCUUUUUUCUUUCGCUGUAUUUCUUUCGGUUUUCAUUACCUUCCUUCUUAAUAGAUUCUAUUUUCCACUUGUCAUUUCUUGUUUUCCAUUUCUUACUCUUUACUGUUGUAGUCCACUUUCCUGGUGA